GACCAUGAGGCGGAACAGCUACUUCUGAAAAAUGGAUUCUUUGCGCAAUCUUCACUUGAUGACACGGAUUUUGGCCACACUUCUCCGAGCUCAACAUUCUGCACUUGACAUCUUCAAGUUCAAAGCUUCGCGAAUUUGCCGUCAGAAGGAUGCUUCCGGAAGAGUUGAUAUACUAGGAAACGUCGUGGCCCGUCCUAGAAACGUUGUAUAUUCAAAGUAUGCGCUCGGCUUGUCCCUUGCAUCGAAGUUGUCAACUGGCACACCAGAAGACGACUUUAUGCGUCCACUUCCGUACUUGAUAUCCCCUGGUCUGGAAGCGAUUUAUGCCCCUGCAGAGUUUGGGAAAGCCUCUAGCUACUAGUACGGGGUCAACCUGUUCAU